UACAUAAGCAAUUACUCAUUAAUUAAUCAGGCUUAUGUAUCAUUUAUUGGUUUAUGAUUAUGAAUAUUUUUUGAUGUGAUUAAAUGAUGCAUUCAUAACUAAAAUUUAUUGUUUUUAAUGGAGUAUUAUUUACUGUAUGAAAAAUUGGGAAAUCAAUCUAUUAAAAUCUAAUUUUUUUUUUUUAAAUUACCGAUUUAUAUUCGUUUUAUCCUUUUUUCGUUAAUAUGGAAAAGAAUACACCGUCUGCUUUUUUUACGCGUUAUGGAGUCGUUUGGGUUAAGAAGGUAAAAUCUAAAGAGCUAUAAAUAGGGAUCUUCAGUAACACUUGAGCUGAAUCAACACUAAACAAGUGCAUUAGAAAAAUCACACAUGUCUCUCUCUACCUCCGUUGUUGUUGCACUUGCACGUGUAUUGUCCUCUUCCACCGCCGUGAAACGCAAACGCGAAGACGAGAUCCCUCGAGAUAAACCCAUGCCUAUGGCUAUGCAUAAAGAAAACGACGAGCAACCGCCUCCUCCAUCUUGGGAGGUUCUAAACGCUAUUAGUUAUUACAUGGAACCUGAGACUCUCGCCGUCGCCUCUUGCGUCUCGACCACGUGGCUAAAGUGUUUCUCCUCGGAGAAUCUAUGGAAGUCCAUCAUGACCGCGCGGUCCUCACAACGCUCUUGUCCAUACGAGAUUGCCUUGGAACACACGGAAGGGGGCAUCGUCUCGUACAAACGCCUCGUCUCAGCCGUUGAAAGAGACGCUAAACGUAGACGCAAAGGUCAGCUCGAGGAAGACGUCAAGAUAUCACUCUCUGAUCUCAGCUUCAUCAUCCACGUGUCAACUAAAACAAAGAAAGCGUCGGUUUACAAAAAGGGUAAAGAUCUAGUGUUUGAUCCUAACGACAAGUUUCAGAUUGAAGUCGACGUAAGCAAGGCUGGUAUCACUGCGGGGGAGGAUGAGGUAAGAAUGACGUGGCAGAUUAUGUACAAGGAGAAGUUCUUCACGGUGGCAGAUACUGUAAGAUCGUUGGACACGAAGUAUGGGUGGUUCGUUGAUAAGCUGGAGUAUAAAGAUAACCGUAAGCUGGUAGGCGACGUUAAGACGACUUUUAAGGAGAAUGUUCUUGAGAAGAUUGGAUUUGCGAUAGUAGAUUCGGAUGGUUGGGGAUCUCUGUUAGUUGACGGGUUUUUGAGGUAUUUUCAGCGAUUCUUGUUGGAAUAAUAAUAGUCUCGAUGGAGUAGAUCAGUACAAGACUCAAGUAGAUGGUUUAGCAAAGUUAUUUUAAUGUUGUUGUAGUUCCCUCUUUUGCUAUGUACUCUAUAACUAAGUGAAGUUCGAUAAGCUAUAUACUUACCUCUUGCUUGAAAGAAAACUAUAUAUAAUAUAAAACAAAGAUGUUAGUAUUCAUUAAU